AACUUCAUGAACGAAAAUUCAAAUAUGCACUGAGAAAAGACGCCAAGAAACAAUCCAUCCAACACAAACACACAAUACAAUUGCCGCUCUUUCUCCCUUGCCACUUCAAAGGAAGCCACCACCCACCACCACUAGUAUUCGUCGCAUCCGUUGCCAAUGACCACCUUUGCUGCGCCGUCACCUCAUAACCUGUCAUCCUAAGGUUUGUUUGUUUCUUCCUUUUUUUUUUCUUUCAUCUUUUGUAAUGGUUAUGGCAAUGAGAACAAACCAAAACCAAAAUCAAAAUCAAAAUUAAAAUAGGGAUUACCUACACUUGAUUAGAGAAAGAAAACAAACCUUUUGAACCAAUUUCAAUUCAUGAUUAGAUUUUAGGAAAUUUAGGGUUUUAUUUUAGGAUUGGAGUAAACCCAUUGCAAGGGGUAUAUAUGCUCUGUUUUUUUUAGUAGCAAUACAUUAGGUGAAUUAGAUUUGUAAUUUGGAGUGCUUUUAGCUUUUCUGUCCGUGGCGGUGGCUUUAACAAUUUUGAGAGGCGAAGUAAUUUGAGGCUUCCGCUCGUGGCCCAACAGUUAUACCAAAAUGAUAUACUGUGCUUAUGCAAAAUUAUGACAAAAUGUUAAACCAUUCUUGUAUAUUCACAACAUUAAUAGUUUUAAAUUCGAAAGUGAGAGGACACAUAAAGUCGAUGCUUUUAGGUUUUAAGUGAAGAUGUAGUGUUCGACUCAAGAGUGGUUGAUGUUAGUCCAACGUGAUGAUCCAAUUCAGGGAGACUCCUCAUCAUGACCCAACAGUUAUAACAAAAAGCUAAAAAUGACGGACGUGGAGUCGGAUAGGAUUAGUUGCUUACCCGAUCAUCUACAACAUCAUAUUCUCUCAUAUUUGACAAUCAAGGAAGCAGGGAGAACAAGUGUUUUAUCGAGCAAAUGGAAGAAGAAAUGGUCUACCCAACCAGAUCUUGUGUUUGAUAGACAAUGUGUAUCUACUGUAGCUUCCGAAGACUUUUCAGUUAUCGAGGGCAAGUUUUUGAGAAUCAUUGAUCAUGUACUUUUACUUCAUUCAGGGCCAAUCAACAAGUUUGAAGUCACUGACUCUGAAUGUGAUCUCCUUGGUGUGAACUCUAUGGCUGAUGUUGAUCGGUGGAUUCUUCAUCUAACUGGAAGAUCUGUUAAAGAGCUUGUGUUGGACAUUUGGGCAGGGGAACUCUAUAAGAUACCUUGGUGCUUAUUUUCUUAUCAAAGUUUACAUCAUUUAAAAUUAAGUCAUUGUUUGCUGAAACCCCCAACGAUGUUUAAAGGCUUCAGUAGCUUGGAAAGUCUUGUUCUACAUGAUGCUUUAAUGACUCAAGAUGCCUUUGAAAACUUGAUAUCCGGCUGCCCUCAGCUUGAAAAAUUAAUAUUGACAUCAGUUAAGGGUUUCACUCAGUUUAAUAUUCACGCACCAAAUCUCAAGUUUUUUCGCAUCAAUGGUAAAUUUGAGGGCAUCAGCUUUGACAACACUUUGCAAUUAGCUGUGGUAUACCUUGAAUUAAGUUCGUAUUUGAACUCCGAAAGCAAUCAUAGUAAUUUGUUCAAUUUUUUUGAUCAUCUACCUCACAUAAAGAGUCUACUGAUUGUUGAGCAUUGUUUGAAGUAUUUGGCUGCAGGUAUUGUUCCAGUAGAGCUUCCGACACCUAUUAUUGAUCUUAGUUCUCUUCUUUUGGAAAUAAAUUUCAAUGACUUGAGGGAAAUUUCGGUUGUUCCUUGUUUGCUCAAAAGCUCACCUAAUCUUCAAAGAUUAAGAAUGAUUGCACGUCUUGAGGAGCAGACUGACCUUGUAACACCUGUCUCCAAUUGUAUGGAAGAUAUCUUUUCAGGGCCAACCAUGUCCCUCAGUGUGAAAUAUGUGGUGAUAAAAGACAUCUCUGGUACCAAAUCUGAAUUAGAUUUCAUUAGAUUUCUACUUCAAUAUUCUCCUGUUCUUCAAAAGAUGACUGUGAAGCCUGCUGAAAAUGUCAAACCCGAGUUGAUGACAGAACUGAUCAGGUUCAGGAGAGCGUCAGGACAAGCUGAAGUUAUUUACCAUGGGAAAGACUCAUCAUAGUAUUUUUUAUUGUGUGUUUGAAGGUUAAAUGAUAUAGUUUUUUGGUUUUCAACUGCAGAAUUAUAAUUGAAUCCUAAGUAUCUAUGGAGUUUCUUUUGGGUAAAUGAACCUUUGCACUGUGAAUCUAAUCGUACACUUGUGAUUUUCAAGCCACAAGUUGUAGUUUUUUUAGGUAACUUGAGUUUUUUCAAUAGGGACAAAGGUGAUUGAUUGUAAGGGUGGUUGUUUGGAUUAAUGUAUUGGUCACCUUUGAAUCUUGUUAACUACUCUUUGGGUUAUUCAUCUGGUGUAUGUUAAUGAGGAUCUUGAAUUUUGAUU